CGUGACUCUAGGUCUAGAGGGAGAUUUGAUCCCAUAUUUACCAUAUCUCUAGCAUAUAAAGAAUCCAGUAGGUUUGAUCCAAUUCCAUGCGGGAACCUGGUGUCACGGAUGAUUGUCUUCUUUGUACACCGACAGACAUUAUGCGCGUACUUUUGAGUAGUCUGAUCGGACCACAGUGAUAUUAUCUCGGCGAACACCAGCUGACUUACCCCGCGAUAAACGAUAUCAAGAACCAUGAAGCCCGAUAAAUGGCUUCCCUGUGUGAGAUACAUUGCACGUUGUAAUUGGAAAAUAUUCGACCGGAAAGUUACCUACCUACCUACUAGCAGAUGCCUAACUGCAUGCUCGACAUAAUCACCACAUAACGUGCAUCACACACAAAACACACAUCUAUAGAAGACAAUAUCCCUGAAUCAAUUGAAUCAAUGGACACCACUACAAACCCACCAUUUACCAUGAACGAACUGACCAUAUCCCGCUUCCACUCGGCCCUCCUCGCCGGCUCAACAACCUGCGAAGCACUCACUUCAUUCUAUCUCUCCCAAAUAGCUAAAUAUGACAAAACCCUCCGGUCCAUAAUCACCAUCAAUCCGCAAGCGCUGGAAGAAGCACGUCGCAAAGAUGCGCGAUUUGCCGCGACCAAAGCUUUUGCUACAGACCCUGACGAUCCGGAUGUGCAAUUGAAAUUGCACUUACCACCCCUCUUCUGCGUCCCUAUCGUCCUCAAAGACACCUACGCCACAACAUCCAUGCCUACAACAGCGGGCUCGAUCUCUCUCCGCACCCUGCGCACCAAGGAAGAUGCAUUUGUCGUCCAGCGUCUCCGCGCCGCAGGAGCGAUUAUCCUUGCGAAAGCGAAUCUUCAUGAAUUCUCCCUUCAGGGCAUCACGAUCAGUUCUCUCGGCGGACAGACGCUGAAUCCAUAUGAUAGCACACGCACGCCCGGGGGCUCGUCGGGCGGUACGGCCGUCGCGCUUGCUGCGAAUAUGGCCCUGGUUGGAUGUGGUGGUGACACGAUGAAUUCGCUACGUAGCCCCGCGUCGGCGUGUGGUGUGGUUGGGUUCAGGCCGUCGAGGGGCCAGAUUUCGAAGCGUGGGACGGUGCCAGUGACGAUGGCGCAGGAUGUGCUUGGUCCUAUGGCGAGGGCGGUGGAGGAUGUGAGGGUUCUUUUUGAGGUUAUGAGAGGGCAAGAUGUGGAGGAUCAAGUCACGGUGGAUGAGAGGAGGGAGAAUGAAACUAGAUCUCCUCCUUCGGGCCCAGAGACGUCUAGUAUCAAUGCUCUCCGCGGACAUGAUCAUAAGAUCAGGAUCGGAGUCCUGGAUAAUUACUUCGAUGACGACACCAAUCAAGAUCAGGAGAUAUCCAUCGUGAACGAAACGAUCCAAUCUGCACUGAAGAAAAGCCAUGAUUUCGCAGACCUCAUCCAUCUCUCCGUUCCGGAAUUCGAUACACACACCCUCCUCUCGACGGUAGAUGUGCAAUCAUACGAAUUCCGCACCGCAAUUGACUCCUUCUUACAAUCAGAUAUCAUAAUCCCCGGGUCGACGCAUCGAUCCCUCGCUUCUAUUGCUGCUAGUGGGGAGUUCAUGCGCGAAGCGAUGACGCCGCCGUUCUUCGAAUCGUUGCAAACGGAUGUAUUCAACACUUCGAGUCCGGAGUAUAAAGAGCGAUUAGGGAGGAUUGAGGCUCUGAAGCGGAAAUUACAGGAGUGCUUUGAGAAGAAUCGACUCGAUGCAUUAGUGUAUCCGCAUCAGAGAAGGUUGGUGGUGAGAGUGGGAGAGACGGUGCAGAGUGGUAGGAAUGGGAUUCUGGCUGCUUUGACGGGUACGCCGGCCAUUUGUGUUCCUGCUGGUUUUAGUUCACCGACAGAAACAGCCCCUUUGGGAAUCCCUAUUGGUAUUGAAUUAUUGGGUCGGCCGUGGAAGGACUUUGAGCUGCUCGAUAUUGCGGAAAGGUUCGAGGGCGUUCUGCAGGCGCGGAGGGAGCCCGUUCUUGAGACAGUUUGAGGCGGGGUAGGUAGGUAUACAGACAUGAUAACUGCUCAUUGCGAUAGAAUGGACAAGGAUUGUUGUGAACACAGAGGGAGAUAGUAUGUGUUGUGAUAUAUUCCAGAUGAUCAAUGACGUUUUGAUAAUUAUGGACAGUCUA